AUGGAAUCUGUAUGGGCCUAUGGGGGGAGCGAAAUACACACGAGAGGAAGAGCGCGUGAGGCGGGGCAACUGAAGGGUGGGUUGUGUCUGCCAGCAUAUGCUUAACAGGAAGCUGUCUUUCUCUCUGCCUUCAUUCCACAAAAACAUUAUAAAUAA